CCGGACUUGACGCGGCCGAGCACCGGCGCCUCUCCGCGGUCAAGAUGCUGCAGAACGUGACUCCCCACAAGCUCCCUGGGGAAGGGAAUGCAGGUUUGCUGGGGCUGGGCCCGGAGGCAGCAGCACCAGGGAAAAGGAUUCGAAAGCCUUCUCUGUUGUAUGAGGGAUUCGAGAGCCCCACCAUGGCUUCUGUGCCAGCUAUACAACUGACCCCUGCUAACCCGCCACCCCCUGAGGUGUCCAAUCCCAAAAAGCCAGGACGCGUAACAAACCAGCUGCAGUACCUGCACAAGGUGGUGAUGAAGGCUCUCUGGAAGCAUCAGUUUGCCUGGCCAUUCCGGCAGCCCGUGGAUGCUGUGAAGCUGGGUCUGCCGGAUUAUCACAAAAUUAUAAAACAGCCUAUGGACAUGGGUACUAUUAAGAGGAGACUUGAAAACAGUUACUACUGGGCUGCCUCAGAGUGUAUGCAGGAUUUUAAUACCAUGUUUACCAACUGCUAUAUUUAUAACAAGCCCACUGACGACAUUGUCCUGAUGGCACAGACACUGGAAAAGAUCUUCCUACAGAAGGUGGCUUCCAUGCCACAGGAGGAGCAAGAGCUUGUGGUGACCGUCCCGAAGAACAGCCAUAAGAAGGGGGCCAAGCUAGCAGCACUCCAGGGCAGUAUUACCAGUGCCCAUCAGGUGCCUGCUGUUUCUUCUGUGUCUCAUACAGCCCUAUAUACACCACCGCCUGAAAUACCUACCACUGUCCUCAACAUUCCCCACCCAUCGGUCAUCUCUUCACCCCUUCUUAAGUCCCUGCAUUCUGCUGGACCCCAACUCCUUGCUGUGUCAGCAGCUCCUCCAGCGCAGCCCCUUGCCAAGAAAAAAGGCGUUAAACGGAAAGCAGAUACCACCACCCCUACACCUACAGCCAUCCUGGCUCCUGGCUCCCCAGCUAGUCCUCCUGGGAGUCUUGAGCCAAAGGCAGCACGGCUUCCUCCUAUGCGCAGAGAAAGUGGCCGCCCCAUCAAGCCCCCACGAAAAGACUUGCCUGACUCGCAACAGCAACACCAGAGUUCCAAGAAGGGAAAGCUGUCGGAACAGCUAAAGCACUGCAAUGGCAUUUUGAAGGAGUUGCUCUCUAAGAAGCAUGCUGCCUAUGCCUGGCCUUUUUAUAAGCCAGUGGACGCUUCUGCCCUUGGCCUUCAUGAUUACCAUGACAUAAUAAAGCACCCCAUGGACCUCAGCACUGUCAAGCGGAAGAUGGAGAACCGCGACUACCGGGAUGCACAGGAGUUUGCUGCUGAUGUGCGGCUCAUGUUCUCCAACUGCUAUAAGUACAAUCCUCCAGACCACGAUGUUGUGGCCAUGGCUCGGAAGCUACAGGAUGUGUUUGAGUUCCGCUAUGCCAAGAUGCCGGACGAGCCACUGGAGCCAGGACCUUUACCUGUCUCUACUGCCUUGCCUCCUGGGCUGGCCAAGUCAUCCUCAGAAUCCUCGAGUGAAGAGAGUAGCAGUGAGAGUUCCUCCGAGGAAGAGGAGGAGGAUGAGGAAGAUGAGGAGGAGGAAGAGAGUGAAAGCUCAGACUCUGAGGAAGAAAGGGCCCAUCGCCUGGCAGAACUGCAGGAGCAGCUUCGGGCCGUUCAUGAACAACUGGCGGCCCUAUCCCAGGGCCCAAUAUCUAAGCCCAAGCGGAAGAGAGAGAAAAAGGAAAAAAAGAAGAAACGGAAGGCAGAGAAACAUCGGGGCCGAGUUGGGAUUGAUGAAGAUGACAAGGGGUCUAGGGCACCUCGCCCGCUUCAGUCCAAGAAAUCUAAGAAAGCUGGCGGUAGUAGCAGUGCUGCUACGUUAGGCCACCCUGGCUUUGGGACGUCUGGAGGAAGUAGCAACAAGCUGCCUAAAAAGGCCCAAAAGACAGCCGCACCUGUCCUGCCCACUGGUUACGAUUCAGAGGAGGAGGAAGAAAGCAGGCCCAUGAGUUACGAUGAGAAGAGGCAGUUAAGCCUGGAUAUCAAUAAAUUGCCUGGAGAGAAGCUGGGUAGAGUGGUACAUAUUAUCCAGGCCAGGGAGCCCUCCUUACGUGAUUCAAAUCCGGAAGAAAUCGAGAUUGAUUUUGAAACGCUCAAGCCAUCCACACUUAGAGAGCUUGAGCGCUACGUUUUAUCCUGCCUUCGAAAGAAGCCCCGGAAGCCCUACACUAUUAGGAAACCUGUGGGCAAGACAAAGGAGGAGCUGGCCUUGGAGAAGAAGCGGGAACUAGAGAGGCGCUUGCAAGACGUCAGUGGACAGCUCAACUCUGCCAAGAAGCCCCCCAAGAAGGCGACUGAGAAGACGGAGCCGUCAUCGGCACAGCAAGUCGCGGUGUCCCGCCUCAGCGCGUCCAGCUCCAGCUCAGACUCCAGCUCUUCCUCCUCAUCUUCAUCUUCUUCAGACACCAGCGAUUCGGACUCUGGCUAAGGGGCCAGGCCAGAUGGGGCAGGAAGGCUCCGCAGGACCGGACCCCUGUACCACCCUUCCCCACCACUUCCCCUUGCUGUGACACUUCUUCAUCUCGCCCCCCUCCAUAGGAGAGCUGGCUCUGCAGUGGGGAGGAAUCAGGGACAUGGACAAAAUAAGAUUGAAUUCCUAGCCCUGUUGGGAGUGACCUCGUGGUGUCCCUGUUGAGGAUGAUGGGGGCGGGGCAAGGGUGGGAGUGGGCAUAGGCCUGGCACAAAGCCACCUGAGGCCACUGCUGUCCUGUUCACUUCUAAGGGCCCUGUUUUGAGGUUUUAAUUUAUUUAAGCUAGGUAAGGCUGUUGGGGGGGUCCAGUAGCGCCGUGGUCCUCCCUCCAGCCUCCAUGGGGAGGGAAGAAAAGAGGGAGCUGGUUUUUUUUUACAUUGACUUUUUUUUUUCUACUCUUCCCUUUUCCUUCCACUCCAUUUGGGGCUUGGGGAUUUUAGUCACCUCCGUUUGGCCCCAGACUGUCUGUCUUCUUGAUUCUAACUUGUAAAUAAAGAAAAUAUUAUUGAA